AUGGUUCACUGUGCCGGCUGCAAAAGGCCCAUCCUGGACCGCUUUCUCUUGAACGUGCUGGACAGGGCCUGGCACGUCAAGUGCGUCCAGUGCUGUGAAUGUAAAUGCAACCUGACCGAGAAGUGCUUCUCCAGGGAAGGCAAACUGUACUGCAAGAACGACUUCUUCCGGUGUUUCGGUACCAAAUGCGCAGGCUGCGCGCAGGGCAUCUCCCCUAGCGACCUGGUGCGGAGAGCGCGGAGCAAAGUGUUUCACCUGAACUGCUUCACCUGCAUGAUGUGUAACAAGCAGCUCUCCACUGGCGAGGAACUCUACAUCAUCGACGAGAAUAAGUUCGUCUGCAAAGAGGAUUACCUAAGUAACAGCAGUGUUGCCAAAGAGAACAGCCUUCACUCGGCCACCACGGGCAGUGACCCCAGUUUGUCUCCGGAUUCCCAAGACCCGUCGCAGGACGACGCCAAGGACUCGGAGAGCGCCAACGUGUCGGACAAGGAAGGGGGUAGCAACGAGAAUGACGACCAGAACCUGGGCGCCAAGCGGCGGGGACCGCGCACCACCAUCAAAGCCAAGCAGCUGGAGACGCUGAAGGCCGCCUUCGCUGCUACACCCAAGCCCACCCGCCACAUCCGCGAGCAGCUGGCGCAGGAGACCGGCCUCAACAUGCGCGUCAUUCAGGUCUGGUUCCAGAACCGGCGCUCCAAGGAGCGGAGGAUGAAGCAGCUGAGCGCCCUGGGCGCCCGGCGCCACGCCUUCUUCCGCAGUCCGCGCCGGAUGCGGCCGCUGGUGGACCGCCUGGAGCCGGGCGAGCUCAUCCCCAACGGUCCCUUCUCCUUCUACGGAGAUUACCAGAGCGAGUACUACGGGCCCGGGGGCAACUACGACUUCUUCCCGCAAGGCCCCCCGUCCUCGCAGGCCCAGACACCAGUGGACCUACCCUUCGUGCCGUCAUCUGGGCCGUCCGGGACGCCCCUGGGUGGCCUGGAGCACCCGCUGCCGGGCCACCACCCGUCGAGCGAGGCGCAGCGGUUUACCGACAUCCUGGCGCACCCACCCGGGGACUCGCCCAGCCCCGAGCCCAGCCUGCCCGGGCCUCUGCACUCCAUGUCGGCCGAGGUCUUCGGACCCAGCCCGCCCUUCUCGUCGCUGUCGGUCAACGGUGGGGCGAGCUACGGAAACCACCUGUCCCACCCCCCCGAAAUGAACGAGGCGGCCGUGUGGUAG